GCUGCACUCUAUCCAGCGCAGCAGGGAGAGCGGACUCCGGGCGGAGGGCUGCACACUCAUUACAACCUAGGUCUUGCCCAGGUUGGGGCUCGCCACUGCCUGGGACACCCCUGUGCUUCUGAAACAACACGUAACUGGCUGCAAAGGCCACUGGAGCCGCGACCCCGCACCAGGAAUACUAAAGCCAGAAGUUUAGAACCGAAACAGCAACAUGGUUUACCAUAUUAAAUUUCUUUGGAUAGUUCUGGUCCUGAUUCUCCAGAGUUCUGUAUUAGCUGAAGAUGGAGAAAUAAGAUCAAGUUGCCGUACAGCUCCAACAGAUUUGGUUUUCAUCUUAGAUGGCUCUUAUAGUGUUGGCCCAGAAAACUUUGAAAUAGUGAAAAAGUGGCUUGUUAAUAUCACCAAAAACUUUGACAUAGGGCCAAAGUUUAUUCAAGUGGGAGUCGUCCAGUAUAGUGACUACCCUGUGCUGGAGAUUCCACUGGGAAGCUACGAUUCAGGAGACAAGUUAGUGGCAGCAAUGGACUCCAUACACUACUUAGGAGGAAACACAAGGACAGGAAAGGCCAUCCAGUUUGCACUUGAUUACCUUUUUGCCAAAUCCUCACGAUUUUUGACUAAGAUAGCAGUGGUACUUACGGAUGGUAAAUCCCAAGAUGAAGUCAAGGAUGCAGCAGAAGCAGCAAGAGACAGUAAAAUCACCUUGUUUGCUAUUGGUGUUGGUUCAGAAACAGAAGACGCAGAACUUAGAGCCAUUGCCAACAAGCCUUCGUCUACUUACGUGUUUUAUGUGGAAGACUAUAUUGCAAUAUCUAAAAUAAGGGAAGUGAUGAAGCAGAAACUUUGUGAAGAAUCAGUCUGUCCAACACGAAUUCCAGUGGCAGCUCGUGAUGAGAAGGGAUUUGAUAUUCUUUUAGGUCUGGGUGUAAAAAAAAAGGUUAAAAAAAGAAUCCAGCUUUCACCAACAAAGAUAAAAGGAUAUGAAGUAACAUCAAAAGUUGAUUUAUCAGAAUUUACAAGCAAUGUUUUUCCAGAAGGUCUUCCUCCAUCAUAUGUAUUUGUCUCCACUCAGAGGUUUAAGGUCAAGAAGAUAUGGGAUUUAUGGAGAAUAUUAACCAUGGAUGGAAGGCCACAGAUAGCAGUUACCUUAAAUGGUGUGGACAAAACCUUAUUAUUUACCACAACCAGUAUAAUUAACGGCUCACAAGUGGUAACCUUUGCUGACCCUCGAGUUAAGGCAUUAUUUGAUGAAGGCUGGCACCAAAUUCGUCUACUAGUAACAGAGCAAGAUGUAACUCUCUAUAUUGAUGAUCAACAAAUUGAAAACAAGUCCUUACACCCCGUUUUAGGGAUCUUCACCAGUGGGCAAACCCAAAUUGGAAAAUAUUCUGGGAAAGAAGAAACUGUUCAGUUUGAUCUCCAAAAACUGAGAAUCUAUUGUGACCCAGAACAGAACAAUCGGGAAACAGCAUGUGAGAUUCCUGGAUUUAAUGGAGAGUGCCUCAAUGGCCCCAGUGAUGUAGGUUCAACUCCUGCUCCCUGUAUUUGUCCUCCGGGAAAACCAGGACCACAAGGCCCCAAAGGUGAUGCUGGACUGCCUGGGAACCCUGGCUACCCUGGACAACCUGGUCAAGAUGGUAAGCCUGGAUAUCAGGGAAUUGCAGGAUCCCCAGGUGCUCCAGGAUCUCCAGGAGUACAAGGAGCUCAAGGACUACCCGGUUACAAAGGAGAACCAGGGAGAGAUGGUGAAAAGGGUGAUCGUGGACUUCCAGGCUUUAUGGGGCUUCAUGGGAUGCCAGGAUCAAAGGGUGAAAUGGGCCCCAAGGGAGAAAAAGGAUCACCUGGAUUUUAUGGCAAAAAGGGUGCAAAAGGUGAAAAGGGAAAUCCUGGUUUUCCUGGUCUUCCUGGACGUGCUGGGGAACCAGGAAGACAUGGGAAGGAUGGAUUAAUGGGGAAUCCUGGUUUCAAGGGAGAAGUGGGAUCCCCAGGAGCUCCAGGGCUGGAUGGACCACGCGGAGAGCCUGGAAUCCCAGGAUUUCCUGGAAACCAAGGCUUAAUGGGCCAAAAGGGAGAAAUUGGGCCUCCAGGACCAGUAGGAAAAAAAGGAGCCCCAGGGUUGCCUGGUUUAAUGGGAAGUGAUGGCUCACCAGGUCAGCCUGGAACACCAGGAUCUAAGGGGACCAAAGGGGAACCUGGGCUUCAAGGGAUGCCUGGGACUUCUGGACUUAAGGGGGAACCAGGAGCAAUGGGUCCUCCAGGAGAACCAGGAUACAUGGGUUUACCUGGGAUUCAAGGGAAAAAGGGCGAUAAAGGAAGUCAAGGUGAAAAAGGCAUUCAGGGUCAAAAGGGAGAAAACGGAAAACAAGGAAUUCCAGGGCAACAGGGGAUUCAAGGCCAUCACGGUACAAAAGGAGAGAGAGGUGAAAAAGGAGACCCUGGUGUCAGAGGAGCUAUUGGACCUAAAGGAGAACCUGGACUGGAUGGCCUUAUGGGACCCAUGGGUCCCCAGGGACAACCUGGAAAAGCAGGUGCUCAGGGUCCUCCAGGACUGGAUGGGAAGCCUGGAAGAGAAUUUUCAGAACAGUUUAUUCGCCAAGUUUGCACUGAUGUAUUAAGAGACCAGCUACCAGUCUUACUUCAGAAUAGAAGAAUUCAAAAUUGCGAUCGUUGCUCAUCUCAACAUGGUUCCCCUGGUAUUCCUGGGCCGCCUGGUCCCAUAGGCCCAGAAGGUCCCCGAGGAUUUCCUGGUUUGCCUGGGCGAGAUGGCGUACCUGGACUAAUGGGUGCCCCUGGACGCCCAGGAGCCCGAGGGUUAAAAGGCCUCCCAGGAAGAAAUGGGGCAAAAGGGAGCCAAGGGUUUGGGUAUCCUGGAGAACAAGGUCCUCCCGGUCCCCCAGGUCCAGAGGGCCCUCCUGGCAUAAGCAAAGAAGGUCCUCCAGGAGACCCGGGUAUCCCUGGCAAAGAUGGAGAUCAUGGAAAACCUGGAAUCCAAGGGCAACCAGGCCCCCCAGGCAUCUGCGAUCCAUCAUUAUGUUUUAGUGUCAUUGUGGGAAGAGAUCCAUUUAGAAAAGGACCAAACUAUUAGUGUCUGAUGUCUCGUUCAGCAACGUAAGCAUGGUGCUUUUCUUUUGUGGUCUUUUGCAUCUCAGGAAGACAACCAUCAGUAAUCCCUUGAAAAGAAACUAGAGUACCUCGGUGUUUUAGAUUUUUUUUUUCCCUGAUGGAAAAAUACAUGAAAGGUCACGUAUAUUGAUAUUAAAGGCACCUCGGUAAUUUGGAGCCUUUGGAUCAAUAGCAUUAAUUAAGUCUCAAGGGUUGCUUGUAAAGUCCAUUUGUUUUAAUCAAAGUUGAAUAUAAAAAUCAUCAUUGCCUGUUAGCCAGUCAGUUUUAGUCACUGUGAAAUACUUCACAUUCAGCCUCCAUGCAGUAGAGAUUCAAGUUGAAUUCAAUGUCUGUGUGAAUUUCAUGUUUCCUAUCUCAUUGCUCAUGUUUGUACAGUGCAUUAGCCAAAACAUGCAUCUAGUCAUUGGGAAUAAAUCAGGGCUGAUAUUCAGCUGGGAUAGAUGGUAUCGCCAUUCUAAUCGCUUAUUCCAGUGUCUGUGCUUAUUGGCUAGGGUCAGUGGACAGUGCAUUGUUCAAUGUUUUGAAUAUCUCCUCUGAAUAAGAUUAAUGUAUUUCUUGUUUUGUUUUUAAACUCUAAGAUCAAUCAGAUUAAUGAUUAUGCUAAGAAUAAGUAAUGAUUAUAUUGGGAAUGGUUAAAAUUAUGUAACAUUAAAAGCAUUUUGAAAAUGUCUUUUUGUACAAUAUAGUCAAAAGAAAAUGCAAGUUCAGAAGUACUGACAAGACUUUAUAUUUCAUACUGUUGAUCAAUUGGAAUGUUUGUUGUAUACCUUAAUUUUCCAUUUCAGUAAUUACAUUUGUAUGUUCAUUUUCAUUGUAGAAAAGCUAAAGGGAAUAAAUGCUUUAGUUGAAAGAUAACUCCAUAAAUCUUAUUAUGUUAUGUCUUAAUAUUAUUAGCAGACCUUAAAAUAUUACAAAUAGUUUUUGUGUACUGUACUUAAUGUUUUUGUAAGGAACAGAAUUUGAGGUAUUUGUCAUGCUAAACUUUGUCACAUGCUUGUUAUUCAGAGUACAAUAAAGUCUUGU